AUGCGCCCUCAUCGCCGCUCCCGCCGUUGUCGUUUCACUCGCCUCCGCCAUCCAUCGUCCACAUCUCCUCGUCUCCCCCUUCCCUUCCCUUCCCUCGCACAGUCUGCCACCUCGUGCAUUACCCGCUCACUCGGGCAUUGCCGUUGCAUACACAACCCUCGGGUCCCCCUCUCCCCUCAUCUCCCCCCUCUCCCCUCGUCUCCCUUCACUCCC